AUGCAGCCGGAUCGGGAGGAGACAAGUACGGGGACGGGGGCGAGGAGCGGUAGAUCUCUAGUCCGCGCCGGAAUUUUCCGCAUCAGGUUGGACAGGUCUGGAUUUACAAGCUACCCUCUCGUGGGCGUCAGGUGUUUGCUAACUCGCUUCAGGGAGUUUUGUGGGAUGGAGAUGUACAUGGGGUUGGUUGAUGGGGGAUGUACUAGGACGGGGACGCACUUCUCUACAUCCAUGCAUGUGCAUGUGUCCAUCCAUGCAGAUGUAGCUGCGCUUGCUGAUUUUGUUUGCGGCACGAGCUUGUUUGAAUGUCAGAAGCGGGAUUCCAUUCUUGUACUGGAUGUAAAUGUUUUAAGAACCGGGAUUACAUUCAUAUACUGGGUGGGUGCCAUCGGCGAUUCAGUUUUUAUGUCUGUUGUUCUUAUGGCAACCUUGGAGCUGCAGAAAUUUCCUACGGGAAGUGCACAAAUGUGUAUACCUGUCAUAGCUGACACAUAUGAAGACUUGUUGAGAUCCAAUACUGGUCGUCUGCUCGUUCAUAGAUCUACUCAAGUUGCUUUUGCGGGAACUGCAUCAGGAACCAGUGACUUGCCACAUAGGGUAACAUCACCUUUCCCAGGAAAGCAGGCGAGGAAGGCAAAUGCAGUCAUGCCUGAAGAGACUGCAUCAAGUGUCUGUCCGAAUGGCAGGCAUGCUCCAAAGAAUGAACACUUGAUGAUUUCUGGACCUUUGGGGCAGUGUGAUGAAUCUGACUGUGUAGAUUGCCCUCUUGCCUCUAAGAAUAAAAUGCUUUUCCCGAGAAUUUCAGCUCCUUUCGGUAAUGAGGUGCAUAUUUUUGUGUAUGGCCAGGGUGGUGGGUGGAAGAAGAUUUGGUCUUCCCUUCCAAACAUUCCAGUUAUAAACCCACAUGCUAGGGCUGUUCGGCGAUGGAACCAAUUUUUUGUGGUAUCAUGCUUGGCUGCCAUUUUCGUCAACCCUCUGUUUUUCUUCCUAGCUUCCAUGGACAAGGAUAACAAAUGCAUAAUGUUCAGUCGGCAUUCGGGAGCAUUAACUGUGGCAAGAUAUGUGAUAGAUGUAAUCUAUGUUCUUCACAUGCUUCUUCAGUCUAGGAUGGCCUAUGUGGAUCCGGAGUCAAGAAUAGUGGGAACAGGAGAUUUAGUUGAUGAGCCUAAGAAAAUUAUUAUGCGCUAUUUUCGUGGUGCUUUCAUAGUCGACUUAUCUGCCAUGCUUCCACUUCCUCAGCUGAUGGUACAAGGGGUUAUCCCUAACUACAUUGGGGUAUCCGGUGCAAACUAUGCGAAGAAUUUGUUGCGUGCCACAGUUAUUGUUCAGUAUGCCCCACGUAUCUUCAGAUUUGUGCAAUUACUUGGUGGGCAAUCUGCUAAUGGAUUCAUUUUUGAAUCAGCAUGGGCUAAUUUUGUGAUUAAUCUUCUGGUAUUUAUUUUGGCUGGACAUGUGGUUGGUUCGCUUUGGUACCUCUUUGGGCUACAGAGUGUUAAUCAAUGUCUACGGAAUUCGUGUUCCACGCUUAAUAUAACAUCUUGUGCUCAGUUUAUAGACUGUGGGUAUGGCAUUGGUGGGCAGGACAGAGUAAAGAGGCAGCAGUGGUUCAAUGACUCGGUGUCGCAGAGCUGUUUUGAUACUGCAAAUGGUGUUUUCAAAUAUGGAAUCUAUGAACAAUCCGUGUUGCUAACCACAGAACCCGCUAUUAACCGCUACAUAUAUUCGUUAUUUUGGGGAUUUCAGCAAAUAAGUACUUUGGCGGGUAAUCUGGUCCCAACCUAUAAUGUAUGGGAAGUUCUAUUCACAAAGGGUAUCAUUACCUUGGGGCUGUUCCUUUUUGCGUUACUUGUUGGUAACAUGCAGAUUUUCCUUCAAUCACUUGGAAAAAGGAGAUUGGAAAUGCAACUUAGGAGGCACGAUGUUGAACAAUGGAUGAGCCACAGGCAACUCCCAGAAGAUCUCAGAAGGAGGGUUAGGCAUGCAGAAAGGUUUUGUUGGGUGGCUAUGAGAGGAGUGAACGAAGAAGAGCUUUUGAGCAGUUUACCAGAAGAUAUUCAGAGAGAUAUACGCCACCAUUUUCAUAGAUUUCUUAAUAAGAUUCGGUUAUUCGCUUUGAAGGAUUGUGGAUUUUGCGAUGCUGUCUGCGACAAGUUGAAGCAUAAGUUAUAUGCUAGGGGGAGUGAUAUUCUUUCUCAGCAUCAGCUUGUUGAAAAAAUCAUCUUUGUGGUGCGAGGUAAGCUAGAAAGCAUCAAUGCGGAUGGAAGCAAAUGUCCAUUACACGAAGGAACUGUGUGUGGGGAAGAACUGCUUACUUGGUGGUUUGAGCAGCAAGCUUCAGAUGGGGAGAGAAUGAUGGUGCACUGGAAGGCAAUACGUACCAUCAGAUGCCUAACAAACGUUGAAGCUUUCGUGCUGCAGUUCACUGAUUUGGAAAGAGUUACUCUGGAGUUUUCAACACUAUUGCAAAAUCCACAUGUUAUUGCAGCAAUCAGGUACGACUCGCCAUCCUGGAGGACCGCUGCAGCAAUCCAUAUCCAGAUAUGGUGGAGGUACCAUCAAAGGCGACUGAAGGGAGCUGCUCUGUUGCAAGGUUAGUGAUACUAGAUUCAGCAUAAUUGAUGUCAU